UCAUUCAGCAUCAGCUGGGCUUAGCCAGCCUGGAUGCACUCAAUUUCCACAUGUUUCUUAUUUCAAGCUCCUUGCAGCUAGCUUGCUAUGCUUUGCGUGCGUAAGCUAGCGAUAGCGAAGUUCAUGUGCACUCGACUCGUACUCGAUUCGUAGUGCGCUCUUGGCAGUGAGCCUGGGCUUAGUGACGGAAUAACUCGUUAAACCAUAUUUUCUAUCUAGACAAGAAUCCCGACACUAUGUGAUCUUAUGCAUUCAUUGACUCACAACAUCUUAAGGAAUAUCAGUGGAAUUUCUAAUCGUCUCGACAAAGGAAAUAUCAAUGAUUUAAGUGCUGCCAGAAGCUCUAACUUGUCACAUCCUGGUCCCUCAUCCUGUCUGGCGUUUGCCGGGGACGCUCCCCGCUGAGAUCGCUUGGUCUUCACACUACUCGGGUCAAGAUCAUCACCCUUCGAGCUCGAGCUCACUUGCCUUUAUUUAGUAGUUGAUGGACACUGCUGUACCUGGUACCAAAGGGCACGUUCGUGUUGUAUGUGGAUAUCUUAGAAUUAGAGCUUACCACAGAUGAUUACGAAUCAACAGAAUCUACAGAAGUCUCACAAAAGUAUUAAAAGGUGACUGAUGAUGUCCCAAAGCCUGGAUCGAUCACCCUAGCUGAUUGGGAGAAGGUGACCUUCACCCAUCUCACAGGGUCCCUUCGCAUUGUGAUCCAAGAUGGCUGUCACAUGGCAGGAUUUCACCAUCUUUGGAUCCUUCAUGUUCUUCGUAGCCAUCGGCUGGACGUUCAAGCAGAGCUACGAGAAGUUCACACGCUACCGCGAGAAAAGCGAACUCAACGAGGAGAUGGAGAGCGUCAUGAUCGAGCAGUGCUUCAAGAGGUCAUGGAUAGAAGGCAUCCUGGUCGCGACCAGCGUCAUCGUCCUCCUGCUCAUCGAGAUGAUGCCACGCCUUGAGAAAGGCAAAGUGACGCCCUCUACCGAUGAGUCGCGGUGGUUCAUUUAUGUCAUCUGGUUACCGUAUGCCUUAUACAGCGUGGUCUUAAUUUCAUGUGACUUUUAUUCAAGCUGGAUGCGUGUGUGGGUUAAACCGUGUAUAUUGUUUGCGCUGCUCUGCGAGUACGCCAUUGUGGCAGCACACCUGAACAGCUUGCCCAGUGGAUGUGACAGGUGUAUGUACACACCAGUCUGUACUCUUAUUUACUUCUCAGCCCUGGUGGUCGUGGGGGAACUUCUGGUGCCGGAAUUUGAACAACUCUCGUGGCUCCGAUGCGGGUGCUCCCUGGUCCAGGGCACGUGGUUGGUCCAGAUCGGAUGCACUCUGAGCAUGACGGGGCGGGAGUGGAGACGCGACGAGGGAGUUGGAAUCACCGUUUUUAUCAUUUUCAUCUGGCAUUGUGUGCUUGCAUGGAUAGUCAUACGUGUCUUGAAGAAAACGGUGAAAGUCGUUAGCACCUCAAAGCCAAGCGGAGACAAUGCGUGGGAAUACUUUGAUCUAUACAGCGACGAUGAAGAUGAUUUUUAUUACGGGACCAAGUCAACGAAGAACAGUGGGUGGAUGCAAAGAGGAGGUAUUGCCUUAACCCCGGAACAAGUUAUAGCUAUGGGAUAUAGAACAGAAUUCUCAUGACCAAGGCAGUGCUACACAAAGUUUUUGUUAAUCCUUUGAAAAUUAUUGUUGAAGACAUUGAAAACAACUAGUACAAUGUCAUUUUAUAGUCUUGAGUCUUGAUCUAACGGGUUGUUCUUUCGUUUAGAGAUACCUUUGCUGAA